UUCAUUUAUUUCCCACCACAAUCUAUGCAAUAACAAGCCAUUUAGCUUUUACAAAUAAGUUUACCAAGAUGGCUACAAAAGCUUGGUCAUCAAUGACCCUUUUUGUGUUCCUCAACCUACUAUUUUUCACUAUGGUGAGUUCCACUUAUGAUGCAAAUUGUGGAUGUUCUUCACCACCACAAACCCCCAAAACACCAAAAACCCCUACAACACCAACAACACCAAAAACACCAACAACACCAACAAUUCCAAAAACACCAACAAUUCCAAAAACACCAACAAUUCCAACAACACCAACAAUUCCAACAACUCCAACAACACCAGUACAACCACCUUCCACAAAAGCAAAGUGUCCCAUAGAUGCCCUUAAAUUAGGGGUAUGUGCUAAUGUAUUGGGUGACUUACUUGGAGCUGUAGUUGGAAGCCCUCCAAAAACUCCAUGUUGCCCUCUAAUUGAAGGGUUAGUUGACCUUGAAGCAGCACUUUGCCUGUGCACUGCCAUUAAAGCUAAUAUUUUAGGCAUUCACCUUGAUAUCCCUGUCUCAUUGAGUGUGUUGCUUAACUUCUGUGGCAAGGGAGUUCCCUCUGGUUUCCAAUGCCCUUAAUUUAAAUACAGAUUCUCUUGAUGAUAAUCAUAUCUUGGAUCAAGGCAAAAUUACUAUUUCCCUAUUUCAACUAUGAAUCUAAGCAUCUUGUAAUACACUUGUUAUUCAACAUGCAUGUAUAACUUUUUCCUUUAUAUAUGUUGGUUUUGAUGGUAAUAUCAAUCAAUUAAAAUAUCUAAGAUCUAAUCACUUUGCCACGUGGC